AUGGCUUCCGAAUCCGCAAGCGCAUCCCAGUGGCUCUCGCCAUCUUCGCGACCCGAGCACAUCGAGCAGCUCAUCUCUGGCGUCGACCGAUACAAUCCUCAGAACCUCGAUGUUCUGCACGACUACCUCGCACAACAGCUCGACGACGGCUCCUACGAUCUCCUUGCCAACCUCGCAAUUCUCAAACUAUACCAAUUCAACCCCAACGACUUCAACUAUGUUGUCGUGAUCAACAUCCUCCUCAAGGCGCUCGUUGCCGCUCCCCUUCCCGACUUCAACCUUUGCAUUUCCCUCCUUGGUGAGGCACCGUUGCCCACUGUCCCCGUCAAGGCGGAGAAGGAGGUCUCCACCGGCGAUGAUGCCGCCUCGCUGGCCGGCGAUGAUGAGGAGGAGGUUGUUGAGAAGGCCAAGGACGUCGCUUCUGCCGGUCACCUCACCGACCCUUUGAUUGUCCGUCUUUCGCAGCUCAGCACUCUUCUCUUCCAGGCCCGCUUCCGCGAGUUCUGGUCGACAUUGGCCAGUGAAGAGUGCUCGGAUGUUCGCGAAUACGCCGCUAAGAUCAACCAGUUCGAGAAUGCCGCACGCAAGGUUGCGCUCAACUCGGUCAAGGGCUCGUUCACCUCAAUCAGCGAGAAGCGCAUCGGCAGCUACCUCAACCUUUCGGGUGCUCAGCUCGAAGAGUUCAUCAACGCACAGGAGGGAUGGAAGCUUGCCAACGGCACCGUCACUGUUCCUGCCAACCCUGAUAACGAGAUCAAGGCUACCGUGAUCCGUGAAGAGAUCACACUGGACCAGAUGCAAAAGCUCCUCUCGCAGGCACAAUCACCUCUUCUCCGCGCAUAG